AUGGAGAAAACUGACCAUGGAAUUGGCAUCAAAGUUUACACUGCAACAGCACCGCGGGAGAACCCUACACCGAUCUCCUCCCUCCCUCGACUGCCACCGGAUCCCGGUCGGAAGCGUAAAGUCGUGGCCAAAGGAGUUCAAAAAACCAUAUCCAAAACUUCCAUGCUUGUCAACUUCCUACCCAUAGCCACAGGCACUCUUUUAACUUUCGAAUUGGUUCUGCCUUCUGUUUACCGCCAUGGUGUUUGCACCCACGUUACCACCAUCAUGAUUAACUCCCUCCUAGGCCACUGCGCUCUCUCUUGCUUCUUCUUCCACUUCACUGACAGUUUUCGAGGUCCCAAUGGGACAGUUUACUACGGUUUCGUGACACCCAAGGGAAUGGCCCUUUUCAAACCUGGCCUCGAAGUCGAAUCCCCGAAACAUGACAAGUACAAGGCUGGACUUACGGAUUUAGUUCAUGCCAUCAUGUCGGUGUUCAUGGCGAUCGCUUUCUCGGACCAUAGAGUUACCAACUGUGUUUUUCCGGGACAAGAGAAGGAGAUGGAUCAAGUUAUGGAGGGUUUCCCGUUGAUGGUGGGGAUUAUUUGCAGUGGCUUGUUUCUUGUGUCCUAA